AUCGGUGUCACGCGCAUAGCCGACUUAGGCCAUGAAUAUUGAUGAUGAAGGACAUUCCUCUCGUCUUCCUUGGACCAACCAUUCUCACUUUACUCCAUGACACACUCUCAUCGUCUGAGGCAUUCAACAUGGACGCGGUAGAAAAGGCUAACGCCGAGAGACAGCGGAAAUGGGUUAAGGACCAGAAGAUUGGUGAGGGUACAUAUGCCGUGGUCUACAGAGGUCGAGAGCUGUCUACGGGGCGUAAGAUAGCCAUCAAGAAGAUCAAAGUGGGACAAUUCAAGGAUGGCCUUGACAUGUCCGCAAUUCGCGAAGUCAAGUAUCUCCGUGAACUGAAACAUCAAAACGUGAUAGAAUUGCUCGAUGUAUUCUCCUCCAAAACAAACCUGAAUCUCGUCCUUGAGUUCCUCGACACCGAUCUUGAACUCGUCAUCAAAGACAGGUCUCUUGUAUUUUUGCCUUCCGACAUAAAAGCAUGGAUGGCCAUGACCUUUCGUGGUCUAGAGUUCUGUCACAGAAACUGGAUACUCCACCGCGAUUUGAAGCCAAAUAACUUGCUCAUUGCAGCCGACGGCCAGCUUAAACUGGCCGAUUUUGGUCUAGCGAGAGACUUUGCAGAUCCGGGUUACAAGAUGACCUGUCAAGUAAUUACAAGAUGGUAUCGACCUCCAGAAUUGCUCUUUGGCUGCCGUUACUACAGUACUGCAGUAGACAUCUGGUCUGUCGGAUGCAUAUUUGCCGAACUGAUGCUUCGUACGCCUUACCUUCCGGGCGAAAGUGACAUGGAUCAACUCAAAACCAUCUUCCGUGCACUGGGCACACCAACAGAAGAGGACUGGCCUGGUCAUACGAAAUUACCUGACUACGUUCCACUAGGCCAAUUUCCCAAAACACCACUACGGGACCUUUUCACUGCCGCUAGUGCUGACUGUCUCAACCUCUUGAACAAGUGCCUAGUAUAUGACCCCAAGAAGCGAAUAAGUGCGAAAGAGGCACUCAAUCAUCCUUACUUCUUUGCACUCCCAUACCCAUCGCAUCCCUCCAAACUUCCGAAACCAGUGAAGAAAGAGUCCCAUAUAAUCAUAGAGGAAGUCGAGGGGAACGUAGACUUCAGCGGUCCUGGCCCUGGCGUGAAGGCAAAUCCUCCAAAUAAGCUGAAACGUAAACUCUCAGACGAUGAAAGCGAAGGGAAACGCUCUAUCGCACGACGAUUGGACUUCGGGCAGAGGGGAUCAUCAUGACGAGGAGGAUGAGAAAAGCCAAGGUUUUUUUUGGCUUUUCCUUCAGGGAUUGAUUCUUUGUACACUAUGUACUGGCUACGGACAACCGAUGUGCACUUAUUCGUAUGUACAUUAGAUACUAAUGUAAUCAGACAUUGGAGUGAUUCGAAGAGCAAAAUGUAAGGGGAUAAGAAUGGAGGGUAAAAGAAGAAACAACAAAUGAUACAAAGCGAAAAGAAUAAGAAAACAUUUUGACGACAUGACAGGAACCGGGAUAUACUAUCAAGGUCUUGGGUAAUCACAGACCGUGCACUUGUCCUUCACGCUUUGUGAGUUGGAGGAAUCACAUUGAGAACAUUUCCAGACGUUCGGGUCAGCAGUAGGUGGCUUCAAACCCGCCGCGGCCCAAUUAAACCCGGUAGUCGCGGGAGCUGGGGCAGCUGG